CCCAACCACUCUCCUUCAUCAACCAAGGAGGAGCAGCCGCCUCCAUUAUCACCACCAAUUACUGUAUGUAAACAAUUCAAAUUGAACAAUCAACUAUCAAAAAACACUCAAAAGAAAUGCUGCUGAGGAGCGCGUCGUCCCCAAUUUUGAAUUCAUGGCUUCACAACAAUUCAGCAGCCGGAUCCGGGUCCGGAUCCUCGCCGGAGCCGGAAUCCCUGCCGCAGCUGACGAGGACACGGUCCUUCUCCAUGUCCAUGACCUCCGAGGAAGGGAUCGGUCGGGUCACGCCGACCCGAUUCGAGUCGGAUCUCAAGGAUCCGGCGAAGCGCUCGCCGCGGAUGCCGAUGCCGAAGCUGGCGCGGGUCAAGGAGCGGAGGGAGGGGCAUGAGGUCGGUCCCAGCGCCCUGUCCACGGUGGGCUAUCUGGAGAGUCAGAGGAAGCCGCAGACGCUGGUGGUUGGCGGAGGCGUUGGGGGUUGCGGCGGCGGGGGAGUGUGCGGCGGAGGUAGGGGAUCGGAUGACGGGUCGGGUCCCGGCCGGGAGAGCACAGACGUUUACUAUGAGAUGAUGAUUCAAGCUAAUCCUGGAAAUGCUCUUCUCCUCGCCAAUUAUGCUCGAUUUCUUAAGGAGGUUAGGGGAGAUUUGGUAAAGGCAGAGGAGUAUUGUGGAAGGGCGAUUUUGGCUAAUCCGAGUGAUGGUAAUGUGCUAUCGCUCUACGCGGAUUUAAUAUGGCAGACGCAACGAGACGCUGUUCGAGCCGAGGCCUAUUUUGAUCAAGCUGUCAAAACUGACCCCAAUGAUUGCUAUGUUCUCGCUUCAUAUGCUCAUUUCUUAUGGGAUGCUGAGGAUGACGAAGAGGAAGAAGAAGUAAACGAUAUGUACGAAAAAAGAAGCAAUCUUCCAUCAAACUUCUUACAAGAGGGAGCUCACUGGCCUCCUAUCACAGCAGCUUCUUAGUCGGAAACCUAAUAUAGCUACACAACAUCGAAAUAUAGUAGUCAUCAAGUGCCAAGGAGAAAAUUGUGGUCUAACAUUCUUGAAUCUUGAUGAAAUUUUGCUUCUUGGUAUGUCUUCUUUCUCUGUUGUAAUGUACAUAUUAAAGAAUAGCAAGAUUCUGACUGUAACAUCUCUCUGUAUGAAGUAUGAACAAUGCUAUGGUAUCCAUGUUUCUAAUAUAAGUGGUUUAGCUCCCUUUAAUUUCA